AUGAGUGACUCGGAUGAGGACGAUCUAGGUUUCGUUCCUGGAACUGUGAUAGAGUCUUCCAAAAACAAGUAUGUCAUUGUUAAGUUACUCGGAGCUGGAGGCUUUGGCGCUGUCUACAGGGUGCACGACCAAAAAGAUCCAACAAAAAUGUUUGCCAUGAAAGUCGAGAAGAAAAUUGAAACAAGAAGGCACUCAAAACUGAAAAUGGAGGUGUGA